AGAUUUAAAUUAAGUGAAUCUUUUGAAGUGACAGGCUUAUUUACAGGUACUGGACUUUAUUGAUAGCUCCGCUAAUUGUUUUGACACUCUGAUACACAUUCCCUUUGGCUGGGUGUUAUGAAACUAUCAUAGGCCAUUGGUCACGUACACCGUAUGAACUCCUGUAUUACUUCAUCUUUUUCUCUUUCGCUUUCCACUACAUAGUUAAUACUAAGUGUAUUGUUUUUCAUAUAUAUAUAGGCGAAUUCACAUGACAGUUUUUUAUUUUUUAUACUUUCAAUGGUAAAUAUCACCUGUAAGCGCGUCUCUAAAACUUUAAACGCCUUGAGCGACAUGAGCAGGUGGUGAGGAGAUGUGUCCAAAAAGACGACGGGCUUGACUUUCCACCAAUUAGACUCCAAGGAAAAUAAUACGCGCCCAUGGAGACGGACCAAUCAGCGUGUUUCUCUACAAUAUGGGAGGUGCUAACUGUGCUAGAACGAACUGGGAGCCAGCCAGCUCGCUGUGGAGUCGGUGUAACAGGCGCCGUUUGAGGGAGUGGAUACACUUGUCGGUUUUGAUUGGCAACAAUUUUUGGGAAAUAGUCAAAAACAUUUUCGUCUACUUACUGAACGCGUAACGCAAGAUUCGCGCUAAAUAAGGUUAUAGCAGCAGCUUCUCAGGGAACGAGAGAAGCCUUGUAAAUAUUUGGUGAAGCAUCAGCAGUAGCAGCGACGACACCUGGUCUCCCAAGUCUCUGGCUUCGCAUUCAUCCCUUUCAGAGGGGCAGAACAAGAUGGGGAAUGGAUUAUCAGAGCCCCAUGCCAUUUUCCACUGCCUGCCAUCCUUUCAGGCCCUGCACAUUGUUAUUCUUGGGUUGGACUGUGCUGGUAAGACCACUGUAUUGUACCGGCUGCGCUUCAAUGAGUUUGUGAACACCGUUCCCACCAAGGGCUUUAACACGGAGAAGAUCAAGGUGACGCUUGGUGGGAAAGGCCGGACUGCGACCUUCCAUUUCUGGGACGUCGGGGGUCAGGAAAAGCUCCGGCCGCUGUGGCGGUCCUAUACGCGGUGUGCGGACGGCCUUGUGUUUGUUGUGGACUCCGUGGACACAGAGCGCAUAGAGGAGGCAAAGACGGAACUGCAUAAAAUAACUCGGCUACAGGAGAACCAGGGGGUGCCCAUGUUGGUGGUGGCCAACAAACAGGACCUGCGCAAUGCGUUGCCUCUCUGUGAGGUAGAGCAGAUGCUAGCACUGAAUGAACUUGGCUCUCAUACACCUUGGCACCUCCAACCGGCCUGUGCCAUCAUCGGAGAAGGUCUGCAAGAGGGUCUGGAGAGGCUUCACUCCAUGAUUGGCAAGCGGAGAAAGAUGAUGAGGCAGCAGAAGAGAAAAAGAUGACUGUUUGUUGAUGGGAAUUUAAGCUGGACGUGAUCGUAGAGAGGUGCCCAUUUUCCUCUGUGAUGACUCUGCUGAUGGGCCUUUGUGGUCCUGUGCUCCUGGAAUUAUUGUUUGGGUGGGCUGAGUUUUAUCAGUCGGAUGGGGUUGGAUACAGGACAGUAUUGAUUUACCUCUUUGGUUGAUGGAUUGUAGCAGUGGUGGGACCGCACAGAUGAUCACAUGGAAAUUUUACAUAAAUACAGUGUUGCAAAAUGUAAUUGGGUCAGUGGUACAUUGAUUUCUCAUGAACGAUAACACUGGAGAUUCAAAUUAACUUGUAAAUGACAAAGAAGAGUUCGUCAUUGUCCUUACAUCAGAAGUGUUACACAUUCUAGCAUUUUAAACAACUGGAAAGUCAAGAAAUGGAAGUAUUGACUACCAAAGCUGCCAUGGACUUACAUUUUCUGAUCCAAUGUGUACAUUUAGGUGAAGUGUCUCUCCCAUUGGUUUCAUCCCAAUUAGCCACCAGUCUUUUUCUCCAAGCGUUUGGUGUCAGGGGAACACGAAUAAGCUUUAUGGAUCACUUGUUUUGGAAUGCACAAAUGUUUGAUUGAUAUGUCACUGAAAAGGUAUUUCACCCACCACUGAGUCUAUAGUUGGGUAACAAUGAAUAUGAUAACUGUCUAUCCUUGUUAAAGUAGUCCUGCAUUAUGUCUGUGCAGUUUGGCUUACUGUUACUCCUUGAAUACUGGACUCAGAUUGUGUGCUUCCCUGAAUGACAAGAGAUGUUUAAAUGCACUUUAGCUAUUCCCUUUUCUAGUCUAUGAACUUGCAGCAUCCAUUUUUUAAAGAGUAAAUAGUUUAUCAUACUACAGAAAAUAAGUGAUAUUUUGCUUCGAAUAAAGUGUUUUUUUGAAAGGCCCAUUGUUCUACAUUCAAAUGUGUUAAGCUGCCACUCAGUGCUAGUGUGUUGGGUGAUGUACAUAUUUAUGUGUUGAAAUUUGUACACUUUGAAUAAAUCCAC